AUGGAUGUGUUGAAGAAUAGUAUUUUUGGUAAGUUUUUAGAGUUGAAUGAAGUGAGUCACUCUGGGAAGUUGACUCAUUGUAUGCUGCUGUCUCAACUUUUCUACAAGGAUAGAAGCAAAAUGGUUUUUAAAGUUUUUGGGCAUGAUGUAGCAUUUACAGAAGAAGAUUUCCACACUAUUACCGGACAUAAGAUUGAGUCAUCUGAUUAUAGUUUCGUGGACUCUAGAAUGAACCAUUUAAAGGAACGGUGUUUUUCUGAAGUGAAAAAGGGAGAUGAUGUAUGUGUUGAUGUCGAGGUUUGCGAUGAAGAUGCAGUAAAGCUUGCUAAGAUUUAUUUAUUAGAAGCAGUUCUAUUGGGUAAAUUUGAAGGUAGAAAUAUAAGUGAUCGUUGUAUGAAAGUCAUAGACGAUGAAGAUCUUUCCGUUUCUUUUCCAUGGAGCAAUUUCAUUUUUGAUGAGUUUAUUUAUAAUUUGUCUCAUCUUCUAACAACUGACUCAGUGAAAAAGAAACCAAUUGGUAGGAUCCCAUCUUAUACGUCACUUGGAUUCCCAUUUUUGUUCAACAUACUUUCAGUAUAA